AUGGCCUCCCACGUCGUCGUCCUGGAUGCUGCCUUCAAGCGCAUCCAAGUCAAGGUCACGCCCGCCACUUCCCUUCGCAGCGUUCUCGAGCAAGCAUGCGACAAGUUCCAACUCGACCCCGAUCAGCACAUCCUCAAAAACACAAAGGAUAAGCCUAUCGACCUCUCUCUCCCCUUCCGUCUCUCUGGCCUCGUCUCGGGCGCAAAGCUGCAGCUCGUCCAAUCCUCACGCUCUCCUUCGGUCGUCAAAGUCGCUCUACAACUACCCGCCGAGGACAACUCGCCACGCCUUGAAGACCACUUCCCCAGCAACACUCCACUCUGGCUCAUUCUUCGCAAAUUUGAGGAUGGUGUCGCCGGCAACACAAACAAGCUCAAUCUCACAGAAAGAAGCGCCCCAAGCUCACAGACCGGUAGCGGCUAUCUCUGUUAUCUUCAACCUUGCCUGAACAUCGGAGGCAGCGCGAAAGAGUUAUCUACCUUCUUGGAUCUACAAAAGUCUCUCGCUCAACUAGGUCACAAUCGUGGCAAUGUCUUGAUCAGGUUAUCGUUCAAGAACGAGGGGGUGCGCAUGGAAGAGGCCAAAGCUCAGAUCACCACAUACCUACAGGCCCUGUCGCCGCAAGAAGCACCACAGACGCAGAAUGCAUCAUCGCAUGGUGCACACGCAGCUCCAGAUGUGCAGCUCUCUUCACUACCUGACGCCGAUGCCGAUAACUCUGCUGUACCGCGUGAAGACGACGCUGCACAGGAUCCAUCAGGGGACACUAUCAUGACUCCCGCCCCUGACCCUACUCCUUCAGAACAACCUGCACAGGAAGACGAUGUGAUAGCAUCAUCUUCAACCACACAGAUGCCCUCGAACGAAAGUCAAUUCCCUUCACUGGACACAGGCAUCUCGGUCUACGCUGCCCCUUCCAAUAACACUCCGUUUGCUGCUAGGCAGGCGUACAACGAGGCCGACUACUUACCUUCUGUCGAACAUGCCAAUGCCCAUCAAGCCAGUCUUACUAAGCUAGGAAAAAACACUCGUCUGCUAUCGGACAAAGAGAUUGCUGCCAAUAGUGCAAGCAAAGCAGCCGCUCUCGCCGAAAUAAAGACCGCCACUCUGCGCAUACGCUUCCCAGAUAUGUUCACAGUUGAAUGGCAAGUCACACAGUCAGACACAUCCGAGUCUCUCUACACUAAGGUUCAAGGAAUGCUCGAUGAUCCUUCGCUCAAGUUCAGGCUGCAGAUGACCGGUCUCCAGAUGAAGCCACUCAUCUUCGAUUCUACGAGCCAACAGAAGUUGAUAAAGGAUUUGGGUGUCAGGGAUCGCUCUCUGGUCAUAUUCGUCUGGGAUGAGAGCGUGCCGAAAGAAGUCCGUGAUCGACCAUUGCUAAAACAAGCACUCAGAGGACAAGCCAAGGAACUGGAAGUCAAAGAACCA